AUGCGCAUUCAAAUUGUGUUUCGUCAGCGCACGGUAGGUGUUAUGGAUCUUGAAUUUAUGCGCUACAGAGAACUUAUGUUGUUGUCUACCUCUUGCUGUGUCUUGUAUUCUCUGCGAACGGUGGGAUGGAGAAUGUAUGAACAAAAGAUUGGAGCUCCUGGUGUGCCAUUAGGCUUCACCGUGGCGAAGGCUAGUAGUGGCUAUGCAGAAGUGUGUCGAGUCAUUCCAGGUGGUGCUGCAGAACGAGCAAACGUAAUUGUUGGUAGCUUGCUGAUCGGCCUCAACGACGAGAAGAACUUGAAAUUUAACGAGGUUGUUGGUAUGCUCCCAACAUUGCCGCGGCCAAUAUUGUUCCACUUCGUCUUCCGCUCUCAGGCUGCAUUUGAAGGACCAAAGACGGUGGUUUUAUCCGUCCCGGAACCCAGAGUUGUCGAAAUUAAUAUAACACUGCAUGAUGCGGAGGAGUUCGGGGAUGCAUCCUCAUUGUCUACGACUGGUUUUUACUGCGUCGUACGUAGCGCUGAUGAAGAGUGUAUUGCAAGAAGGCAUGGUGUUUUGGUUGGUUCACGGGUGGUUGCCGUGAAUGGACAGAAGUACUUGAAGCCAACGGAUUACCAUCCGUGA